UCGAUCACGUAGUGGGGUUGUCAUUUUUCCCCUUGCCCGUGAACGCAGCGCGGUCUGUAUGCUUCACGCGGCGUCUCUCCGCGGCCAUGGUAACACUUUCCUCCAACCUGUGAUUCAAAACAAGCGCUUUAAUGCGGCUGUUAUUCAGCAUGAAUCUGGCAGAGAUAUGUGACAACGCCAAGAAGGGUCGUGAGUACGCUCUGCUGGGGAACUAUGACUCCUCUGUGGUGUACUACCAGGGCGUCAUCCAGCAGAUCCACAGACACUGCCAGUCCCUCAGAGACCCCGCACUCAAAGUCAAAUGGCAACAGGUCAGGCAGGAGCUGACCGAGGAGUACGAGCAGGUGAAGGGCAUCAUGGGCACGCUCGAGAGUUUCAAGUCAGAGAAGCCAGCUGACGUCCUCGCCCCUCAGUCCGAGGAGAGACCCGAGGAUCCAGCAGUUUGGCCCCCUCCCACCCCUGCAGAGCACAGGAAUCCCGUCGCAGUGAAGCGCCCCAGCAGUGCGGUGAAGCAGCAGAGGAAGGAGUCGCCCGGGCUGCAGCAUCGAGGGGCAGGGCCAGGAGGCCGUGGUCAGGCCAACCCUAAACCAGACCGUCCAGGAUUCAAAGACGCCCGAGGCACGAAGGCCAAAGACGAUAAGGGAAAGAAGGCGGCCGGAGACACACCAGGGGACGUAGAGCAGAAGAAGUUUGACGGCACAGGAUACGACAGCGACCUGGUGGACUCACUAGAGAGAGACAUCGUGUCUCGUAACCCUAACGUACACUGGGAUGACAUUGCUGAUCUGGAAGAUGCAAAGAAGCUGCUGAGAGAAGCAGUAGUUCUGCCCAUGUGGAUGCCUGACUUCUUUAAGGGCAUUCGUCGUCCCUGGAAGGGCGUGUUAAUGGUCGGCCCUCCUGGGACAGGAAAGACCAUGUUAGCCAAAGCUGUGGCCACAGAGUGCGGGACUACUUUCUUCAACGUGUCCUCCUCCACCCUCACGUCCAAAUACAGGGGCGAGUCAGAGAAACUAGUCCGUCUGUUGUUCGAAAUGGCUCGGUUUUAUGCACCAACAACCAUCUUCAUCGACGAGAUCGACUCCAUCUGUGGCAGAAGAGGAACAUCUGAUGAACACGAAGCCAGCCGCAGGGUCAAAUCAGAACUUCUGGUUCAGAUGGACGGUGUGGGGGGAGCUAUGGAGAACGACGACCCCUCUAAGAUGGUGAUGGUCCUCGCCGCCACCAACUUCCCCUGGGACAUCGACGAGGCGUUGCGACGGCGGCUGGAGAAGCGGAUCUACAUCGCGCUGCCCACAGCCGUGGGUCGUGUUGAGCUUCUGAAGAUCAACCUGAGGGAGGUGGAGGUGGCUCCUGAUGUGGACCUGGACCUCAUCGCAGAGAAAAUAGAAGGUUACUCUGGAGCUGACAUCACCAACGUCUGCAGAGACGCCUCCAUGAUGGCAAUGCGUCGUCGAAUCCAAGGCCUGAGCCCGGAGGAGAUCCGAGCCCUGUCCAAGGACGAGCUGCAGAUGCCCGUGACCAUGGAGGACUUCACCCUCACGCUCAAGAAGAUCUCCAAGUCCGUCUCCGCCGCCGACCUGGAAAAAUACGAAGGAUGGAUGUCUGAGUUCGGUGUUCAGUCUGUGAAGUGAAGACGACGUACGUGCCAAAAAACUGCAGUUCCUC